AAAUCCACUAUAAGUACCGAUCCAUUUUCCGUCUCAAAACUAUCCAUAGACUUUUUGAGCUUUCGUGUUUGUCUUUUGAAUUCUUUCCUUCACUUUCUCGAGAAAAAAAAAUGUCUUCAGGUUGCAAUUGCGGAUCUAGCUGCAGCUGCGGUGACAGCUGCUCAUGCAGCAGGAACCUUAACCUUGGAUACUCGGAGAAGACAACCAGCACUCAGACCAUCAUCUCCGGAGUUGCGCCAGUGAAGAUGACCUUUGAGGGACCAGAGAUGAGCACUACUGAAUCAGGACAUGGAUGCAAGUGUGGAUCAAACUGCUCUUGUGAUCCAUGCAACUGUUGAAAAGCUUCAUAGAUUAUGAAAAAAGAAAGCAGCAAAAUAACAGGCCUCUGUAAUGAUUUAUUUUCAAGGAUGAAUGCCUGCAAGGUCUAUAAUUAUGUCUCUGUCUGUGUCUUGUGUAAUAGAAGCUUUGUUUGUGGUGAAAAUAAUGUAUAAGCCAUUUGGUUGGGAGCAAAUUUUCCUUUUGUCCAAAGGAUUUUUUGCUGCUCAUUUAUGGUGACUUGGUUUAUGGUUUUAUCUGUUGUUAAAAUCUUAUAAAAAUAUAUAUCGAUUGCUGCUCUUGGUUUGUAUCAAA